GUCUUCUUCUCUGUUCUUCCAUCCAAUUUUCAGUACCUGAGCUUUUCAAUUUUCCACUGCUUGGAUUGCCGUUCCAAAAUCAAGUUCAUUCCCCCCUCUAGAUUGCUGCAGCUUCGUGGGGUUAUCUUGAAUCAUACGGAAGUUUUCUGGGUACCAAAUUUGGAGGAAGUGGAGUGAAUUAGUUGAAACUUCGGCUUUGGAGGUCCUUUUAUUGAUGCCCUUUUAUGAUUGCUUUUAGGGUCAUUUCAUAAAUCAAGUAACAAGGGUCUGUGCCUUUGAAAGUAUGGAAGCUGGUUUGUACCAUCUUAAACAUUUAGGAAUUACACGAUUAACACAUCCUACCAGUGUUUCGUCUGCAAUGAGUCAGCUCCCUGAUGAAGCUAUAGUGUUGGCUGUCGCAUCACACGUUGAGAGGGAACUGCUGAUAACUCCAUGGAACCUCAGUAGUAGCAAUUUUGUUGCGCGUACAAAUCAGUUCAGGGCACCAAUGUCAAGCACAAUCAUGAAGAAAAAAACAGCUGCAGCUCAUGGGGGUUCUACAACUGUCAUUGGGACAGAUGCCAAUCCGCAGAUUGGGCAUGGAGCUGCACGUGAGGUUCUUCUGAAGUUCAAUGUCCCUGAUGAUGUGACAGCAAAACAAACUAGAUGCCACUGCAUUGCUAUGAUACACAAGCUCUCAAGUGAUCAAGCUGCAUCAGGUAUCAAAGUUGAUCCAACAACUAUCAGCAACAGCAAGUAUGCAUGUGAACGGCGCAUGUCCUUUCUGCAGUUGCAGCAACAGACCAGAGAGAAGUGUCAGGAAAUAUGGGAUCAUCAAGUUCAGUCUCUCUCAGCUGUUGAUGGUGAAGAAAAUGAAAGUGAUUCUGGAGCAAAUGGUGAUCUGGAUUCCUUUGCUGGAGACCUAGAAAUUUUGCUUGAUGCAGAGGAAUGUGGAGAUGAGGAAGAAGGUAACAAUGAGUCCAAGUAUGACCGAGCUGACGGUGUUGAGGGGCUUAAGUUGAGAAGGUGUCCUUUAAAAGAUCAGGCAGAAGAGGAAAUAGAAGAUGGAGCUGAUGAAGGUGCUGAAUUAUGCUGUUUGCUCAUGAAUGAUGUUGAGGCUGAGCAAAAGAAGAAGAAAAACAAUCCCAUGACAUGGGAUAUGGUAUUUGCUUUUGGUUCUCAAUCAAGUGCUGGUGCUGAGACAGUGAAACAGAUUAAGAAAGCAAAUCCAAGACCCAAGCAAGUCAUCAGUGUCGUUCAACCUAGCAGGUCUGCUACAAAGGAAAACACUAUCCUAGAUUUGGCCAUUGUGGAAAGUACAAUUUUUGGAAAGGUUAAAGGAAUAAAAUUGAAGGGUACAUCAAGCAGCUGUCAACAAACAAAAAUCAAAAUAUUGGGAGAUAAUCCCAAGGCAAGUGAGCCUAUAUUCGUCUGCAUCACUUUCCCAUCACUGGAUGUGUUUAAGGAGAAGAAAUCGUCAAGGGAGCACUUUGUCUGUGGUGCUUGUGGUCAGCUUGGACACAUGAGAACCAACAAAAACUGCCCCAAGUAUGGAGAAGAUUCAGAAUCACAUGCUGAAGCUACAGAGCAAAAGGCUUCUAGAUACCCUAUUUAUUGGAUCCAUCUAUUCAAAUGUUCUAAUGAUAAGCAGUCUGGUAAACUUUCUCUGGGAGUCACAGAGAGUUCUGACCAUCCUGUCUUUCUGAUUUUGGAACUGGGGAUAAAUCUGUCUCCAAGUCUCCAAUGGAUAUUGAUAGUGGCAAAGAUAAAGAUAGAGAAAAGUAUUAUAAGAAAAUUAUUAUCAAGCUACCAGAAGAAAUUAUUGGAUCUGGAUACAUUUGGUCAUGAUGGAAGCAAUCAUCCCGAACAGAGGAAAACAAAGAAAGUAGUUGAAUUGUCAAGUUUUGAGAUGCAUGAGAAGCAGGGGAUUUUGCAAUCGACUGAGGAGUCAGUAAAGCGGCAAGCAAGAGAGGGGAGAUGGUGGCCGGAGGGGGUAGAGAACAGGAGAAUGCUAGAAGAAGAGCAAGAAAAAUUUGCAGAAAUCAAAAGAUAUGAAAAAUUUAUUCAAAGAGAGAGGGAGGAAGAGGAGCACCAGAAAGCUAAGAAAGAGAAGAAAAAGGUUGAAAUAAAAGAAGACUGUUCAGAGGACUACAUGUCAAUUAAAAAUGAAAGGAGGAUGCCAGAAAGAGAUCUAUGUGGAAAACGACGGUAUGGUGCAGAUUAUGGUCUUCCAGCAAAGCGACGUAAAGGUGGAGAGGCUGGUUUGGCAAAUGUUGGUUCGGAAAAUGUCUUAGAGCGCAUUGUUGAACCCCUCAAAGCAGAUAUUAUGGUGUCCUACCUAUUCCUGAAACCAGUAUCCAAGAAGGAGGCUCCUGAGUCCUGACUACCUGGACAUUUAUAGACCACCCAAUGGAUCUGUUCACAAUCAGGGACAAGGUGAGGAGGAUGAAAUACAAGGAUUGAAAUAUU